AUGCCAGUAACCUGUAUCGAUUGUGGGCGCCAGUUUGCGCGCCAUUACGACCUCCUACGCCAUCAGAUUCCGAAAAUAAAUUGCCCUAAUCAUACUUGCUCAAAGUCUUUUCGCUUUGACAAAAAGAAUGACUUCAAGGCCCAUAUAAGAGCACGCCAUGCCGGGCAGCUUGACGAUGCCCUAUGUGAGAACUAUUUUGAAGCAAAAAAACGUGCGUUGUUCCCCAUUCCUGGGGUCUGUAUAGGAGCAACAUCGUCGGCAGAGAGAUCGAGUACGCCGACGUCUGAAGCCCCGUCGUCGGAAGUCCCAUCGUCAUCCAUGACAAGUGCCCGCUGGGAGCAGGCAGAUCUGACCACAAGAUAUUUUGGGGUGGAUGGUAUGCAUCAACCCUCUAGUCAAAGCUCUUGUUACAACGAUUCACCGGUUGAGGGCUUCAACCUAUCUUUCGAUGUCGACACAUGGUGGUUGUACUCCGCAAGCCAUUGA